AUAAUUGUAGUAUUUUUCUUCAAAAGUAGAAUACGAAAACGAAUAACGACGAGGUAUACAACAUAUGAGACUUCCCAAACGAUCCUUCAUAUUCUGAAGCACUGGAAGAAUAGCUCAGAGGCGGCCAUACCAGGAUGGAAUUUUGACAUGUCCAGCUUAUUGCCAACCCAGCCCUCGAGAGGAUCUCUUGAUAAACAAGAAGCGGUCUGAGACUGAGUGGGACAAAUUCGGUGAGUCAACAAUGUUUGCUCUUCUAUGUUCAAGACAGGUUGUAUUACUCAAAGGUAGGAGGACCCAACUGGGGCUUUUUCAGCAAAAUGCUUUCUUUAUUCUAAAAUCAUUCACAUCGAUAGGAUUAUUUGAAUCUAAUGAAAGGCAAGAAGAAGAAAAACAUUCUUUUACAGUGUCUUACCUCAUAAACUCAUGCGGGUUGUCCCCAAAAUCUGCUAUUUUAGCAUCCGAGAGGAUGAACUUUGAGAACCCAGCGAGACCAGACUCGGUGCUUAAUCUUCUCAAAGAGAAUGGAUUCACCAAUACCCAGAUCUCCAAACUUGUCAGGAUUCAUCCACUGUUGCUUUUAUCUGAUCCUGAGAAGACCCUUUUGCCCAAGAUUGAGUUUUUCCGUUCUGUGGGGGUUUCGAGCUCUGCCCUCCCUGUGAUCCUCUCUUCAAAUCCAAUGUUGUUAGCAAGAAGCUUAGAGAAACAGCUAAUCCCCUGCUAUGAUUUCCUCAAGAGUGUGGUUCUUGUCAACGAUAAAGUCCUUAAAGCUUUGAAGCGCUCACCACGGGCUUUUCAAUAUAAUGUGGCAAAUAAUAUGGCUCCUAACAUUGCACUUUUGAGACAACUUGGAGUGCCUCAAUCUACCAUUACUUUCUUGGUAAGUAAUUAUCCUUAUGAGGCGUUUACUACGCAUACUAGGUUUGUUGAGGCUGUCCAUCAGGUUAUGGAAAUGGGAUUCGAUCCCUUGAAAACGGUGUUUGUCCUGGCAAUCCAAGUGUUAGUGAAGAUGCGUAAACCAGAUUUGGAGUCAAAGAUGGAGUUUUAUAUGAGGUGGGGUUGGUCUAAGGACAUGGCCCUCUCUGCAUUUAAAAGGUAUCCAAAUUGUAUGGUUUUAUCAGAAGAGAAGAUCACGAAAGCAAUGGACUUCCUUAUGAACAAAAUGGGUUUGCCAUCUGCUAAUAUUGCUAGAAAUCCUAAAGUUCUAUUUUACAGCUUGGAGAAGAGGAUAAUGCCUAGGUUUUCAGUUAUUCAGAUUUUACAAGCAAAGGGUUUGGUCAAGAAUGAUUUGUCCUCAGGAUCUAUCAUACUACCGAGUGAAAGGUGCUUUGUGGAGAAGUUUUUGAUCAAAUUUCAAGAUGAUGUUCCUGAACUGUUGAAUGUGUAUCAGGGUAAGAUGGAUCUUAUCGAGGUUGGAAGUCAAUCUCAGAAUGUAUGUGGUGCUAAAAAGUUGUAACAUUUUGACUUCCAACUUAAGGUAUUUCUCGACUUUUAAUUCAA